UCCUCCUCCUCGUCUUCCUCCUCCUCCCCGCGCCGGAGGAGCUGCGAGAUGCUGCACCUCUGACUCCCCUCCUCCCCGCCCUGUCACCGAGAGGGGAGACCCGCGCUCGCCCACUCGCCGGAGGAGACGACCCUGCACUCGCAGCCCUGCCGGCCACACCAUGAGCUCCGGCCAGCAGCAGCAGCCGCCGCCGCCGCGGAGGGUGACCAACGUGGGGUCCCUGCUGCUCACCCCGCAGGAGAACGAGUCCCUCUUCACCUUCCUCGGCAAGAAAUGUGUGACUAUGUCUUCGGCAGUGGUACAGUUAUAUGCAGCAGAUCGGAACUGUAUGUGGUCAAAGAAGUGCAGUGGUGUUGCUUGCCUUGUUAAGGACAAUCCACAGAGAUCUUAUUUUUUAAGAAUAUUUGACAUCAAGGAUGGGAAACUAUUGUGGGAACAAGAACUAUAUAAUAACUUUGUAUAUAAUAGUCCUAGAGGAUAUUUUCAUACCUUUGCUGGAGAUACUUGUCAGGUUGCUCUUAAUUUUGCCAAUGAAGAAGAAGCAAAAAAAUUCAGAAAAGCAGUUACAGACUUACUGGGCCGGCGACAAAGGAAAUCUGAGAAAAGACGAGACCCUCCAAAUGGUCCUAACCUACCCAUGGCAACGGUCGAUAUAAAAAAUCCAGAAAUCACAACAAAUAGAUUUUAUGGCCCACAACUCAACAACAUCUCCCACAUCAAAGAAAAGAAGAAGGGGAAAGCUAAGAAGAAAAGAUUAACUAAGGCAGAUAUAGGGACGCCCAGCAAUUUCCAGCAUAUUGGACAUGUUGGUUGGGAUCCCAAUACUGGCUUUGAUUUGAAUAAUUUAGAUCCAGAAUUGAAGAAUCUUUUUGAUAUGUGUGGAAUCUCAGAAGCCCAGCUUAAAGACCGAGAAACAUCCAAAGUUAUAUAUGACUUCAUUGAGAAAACGGGAGGUGUUGAAGCUGUUAAAAAUGAACUACGAAGGCAAGCACCUCCACCUCCACCACCAUCGAGGGGGGGGCCGCCCCCGCCACCACCCCCUCCACACAGCUCAGGGCCCCCUCCUCCUCCUGCUCGGGGGCGAGGGGCCCCUCCACCGCCACCUUCAAGAGCCCCCACCACAGCACCGCCGCCACCACCUCCUUCCAGGCCCGGUGUGGGCGUCCCCCCACCACCACCUAAUCGGAUGUACCCUCCUCCACCUCCAGCCCUUCCCUCCUCCGCACCUUCAGGGCCACCCCCACCACCUCCACCUCUGUCCUUGUCAGGAGGGACGGGAACAGGGGUGCCGCCCCCACCGCCUCCGCCGCCACCUCCACCUGGGCCACCACCUCCCCCUGGCCUCCCCUCCGAAGGCGACCAUCAAGGUCCACCUCCUGCAGGAAGCAAAGCAGCUCUUUUAGAUCAAAUUCGAGAGGGCGCCCAGCUGAAAAAAGUAGAACAGAACAGUCGGCCAGUGUCCUGCUCCGGAAGGGAUGCGCUUUUAGACCAGAUACGACAGGGUAUCCAACUGAAAUCCGUGUCUGAUGGCCAAGAAUCUGCGCCUCCAGCACCUGCUCCCACUUCAGGGAUUGUGGGCGCGUUGAUGGAAGUGAUGCAGAAAAGGAGCAAAGCCAUUCACUCUUCAGAUGAAGAUGAGGAUGAAGAUGAUGAAGAAGAUUUUGAAGAUGAUGAUGAAUGGGAAGAUUGAUCAAUAUAUAUUAUAUAUAUAUUAUAUAUAUUUUUAAGGUGAAAUACUAAACACUACUUUCUGUCUAUGGAUUCUGUAAAAUUAUCAUGUAAAUGUUCUACCAAUUUGCUGUAUAUUUUUGUUGCCUUUUUUUUGCUUUUUUUAAUUAAUCUGUGCAAUACCUCAUUUAAUCUGUAAAGGUUUGUCAUUUCCUCUACAAAGCUACUCCCUGUUACCGUGUGCAAGUUUACACCUGACUGCUCACUUUAUUUGUGAAUAUUUUUCAUUCCAUCAACAGGGGAGUUUAAGUAUUCUGUGUGAGACUGACAAAAACCUUAAUGUAAUUUAGUUAUACUGCCAGAAGGAAAACACUAUUUUCAUACCCUACUUUUUCUGUACCUAAAUUUUCUUAUUAAAAUCUAGUAUAGCACUACAUUCUUU